AUGCAAUCGCUGGUGGUGUUAUUCGCUCUCGCCUCCGUGGCAUGCGGCUCUUACAUCCCUCUGGCUCAGCCAGCACAUCAUCCCGCAAUUGUGCUGGACCCUCACGGCCGGCCCUUGGAUACCGCCGAAGUGAUCCACGCUCGUGCUGCUCAUCUGCAAGCUAAGGCUCUGGAGCCACACGCAGCCGUCGCAGUCGCUCACUCCGUGCUCGCCGCUCCCGUCGCCCACUCAGUGGUUGCCCCCGCCUUGGUCGCCGCUCCCGCCGCCGUGUCUCACCAGUCCCGUGUUGAUGUCCGCACCAGCCCCGCCGUCUACGCACACGCCGCACCCUUAGCCGUAGCCGCUCACGGUGCAUACGCCGCACCCUUAUCGGUAGCCGCUCACGGUGCAUACGCCGCACCUCUCCUCGGUCACUCCGCUCUCGGCUACGCUGGCCACGGACACUACUUGGGCAAACGUUCUCUGGGACACAUCGCCUACAGCGCCCCCAUCGCCGUCCAGGCCUACCACGCUGCUCCCGCUGCCGUGUCUCAUCAAUCCCGUGUGGAUGUUGUGUCCAGCCCAGCAUACGUAUCGCACUCCUACGCCGCCCCAGUGUUUGCCCAUGCUGCUCCAGUCGCCAUCGCUCCUUCUGCAGUCUCCCAUCAGUCCCGCGUUGAUGUGCGCACCAGCCCCGCUGUUGUAUCCACCGUUGUCGCUGCACCCGUAGCGCAUUCCGCUGUCUACGCCGCUCCCCUCGCGCAUUCCGCCGUAUACGCUUCCCCAUUAGCGCAUGGUGCCGGACAUUACGCACAUGGCUGGUAA